UUUGUAGAUGAAAUCCACGACCUUACCGAUCAGCUCUCCGAGGGAGGCCGAUCCACACACGAGCUUGACAAAGCCCGUAGGAGGCUCGAGAUGGAAAAAGAGGAACUCCAGGCCGCUCUUGAAGAGGCUGAGGGUGCUCUUGAACAGGAGGAAGCCAAGGUCAUGCGUUCACAGCUUGAAAUCGCCACCGUCCGUAAUGAGAUCGACAAACGCAUCCAGGAGAAGGAAGAGGAAUUCGACAACACCCGUCGUAACCACCAACGUGCACUUGAAUCCAUGCAAGCUAGUUUGGAGGCUGAGGCCAAGGGUAAAUCUGAUGCCAUGAGGAUCAAGAAGAAGCUUGAACAGGACAUCAAUGAGCUCGAGGUUGCUCUCGAUGCUUCCAACAGGGGCAAGGCCGAGAUGGAGAAGACUGUCAAGAGAUACCAGCAACAGAUCAGGGAGAUGCAGACAUCCAUUGAGGAAGAACAGAGACAGCGUGAUGAGGCUCGUGAGUCAUACACCAUGGCUGAGAGAAGAUGCACUCUUAUGUCUGGUGAGGUCGAGGAGCUUAAAUCUGCCUUGGAACAGGCCGAGAGGGCCCGCAAGGGAUCUGACAAUGAGCUUGCUGAUGCCAAUGACCGUGUCAAUGAACUCACAUCUCAAGUUUCAUCCGUCCAGGGCCAGAAGAGAAAACUUGAGGGUGAUAUCAAUGCCAUGCAGACCGACCUCGAUGAGAUGCACGGCGAGUUGAAGGGUGCUGAUGAGAGAUGCAAGAAGGCUAUGGCUGAUGCUGCUCGUCUUGCUGAUGAGCUCCGCGGCGAACAAGAUCACAGCAGCCAGGUGGAAAAAGGACGCAAGAACUUGGAGAGCCAGGUCAAAGAAUUCCAGAUUCGUUUGGAUGAAGCUGAGGCUUCCUCACUCAAGGGAGGUAAGAAGAUGAUCCAGAAACUGGAAUCCAGAGUACAUGAGCUUGAGGCUGAACUUGACAACGAACAACGCCGCCACGCUGAGACCCAGAAGAACAUGCGCAAGGCCGACCGCCGUCUCAAAGAAUUGGCCUUCCAGGCUGAUGAGGACAGGAAGAACCAGGAACGUCUCCAGGAGCUCAUUGACAAACUCAACGCUAAGAUCAAGACAUUCAAGCGCCAGGUCGAGGAAGCAGAAGAAAUCGCCGCCAUCAACUUGGCCAAAUACCGCAAAGCCCAGCAUGAGCUAGAGGAGGCUGAAGAACGCGCUGACACCGCCGACUCUACCCUCCAGAAGUUCCGCGCUAAGAGCCGUAGCUCCGUAUCUGUCCAGCGAUCCAGCGUAUCCGUUAGCGCUGCUAACCCGGGAUUACUGAGUCCAAAUGUUGGUCGAGGAAUUAGUACUCGGAGAGAAUCGUCAUCUGCAAAAUAGUUACAUUACCACAAUACAAAUAGGAGUCCCCUAGUUCGUACAGUUACCUUUCCCCUAGAACAAGAGGAUCCUCGGUAAAGAAUUCAUACCAUUCUGUAACACCGUCCAAUGAGGGGGAUUAUGACGGAUAUUGACCAAUCAAAUGACUCCAUGUGGAUUGUGUUCAGAAGAUGCCAGUUUUGCUUUGAAUCCACAUAGUAAAAAACAAUGUUAA